AUGAACAAUCUAGUUGGAGUACUAACCCGUUUCAGACAAGAGAAAAUUGCUCUGAUUGCUGAUAUCGAGGCAAUGUUUCAUCAAGUGCGCGUGUGUGAAAAUGACUGCGACGCUCUUCGCUUCCUAUGGUGGCCUGGAGGGGACAUAACUAAACCUCCGAAGAUAAAUUGUAUGCAAGUCCACUUGUUCGGUGCUACAUCCUCCCCAAGCUGUACAGCAUAUGCACUUAAACGAACAGCCGCUGAUAAUGCUAAUAGUUAUGAACCGGAAGUUAUAUCAACAGUUAACAAAAAUUUCUAUGUGGACGACUAUUUAAAAUCCGUAUCAUCUGAAAAGAAGGCAGUGAAACUUGCGAGAGAUUUACAAUCAUUGAUGAGUUUAGGUGGUUUCAGGUUGACUAAAUGGCUCAGUAACAGUAGGAAGGUUAUAGAUUUGAUAUCUGAGGCAGAGCGUGCCCCAUCAGUCGUCAAGCUUGAACCUGGUACCUCUCUCCCUAGCGAUCGUGCUUUAGGUGUGAUGUGGAAUGUUAACGACGAUACACUCAGUUUCAAGGUUAAGUUGACAGAUAAACCUCUGACGAGACGUGGAAUAUUAUCAGUUGUUAGCUCCAUAUUCGAUCCACUAGGACUUGCAUCACCAGUAACAUUACAAGCAAAAGCCAUCAUACAGGAACUCUGCAAAGAGAAACUAGGAUGGGAUGAAGAAAUACCAUAG